AUGACCAGCAUCUUGGAAUCUCUGUUUUCAUUAAAGGGCCAUAAGGCUGUUGUCACUGGUGGGACGAGAGGCAUCGGUCAGGCUAUGGCCCUAUCACUUGCAGAAGCAGGCGCAGAUAUCAUCCUGGUGCAGAGAGACGAAAGAAACAUGGAGACCAAGAUAUUGAUUGAAAAGCUUGGACGACAGGCUUUCGUAUACACCGCAGACCUUAGCAAUCAAGAACAAGUCGAAAAUCUCAGCAAACGCAUCCUCGCCGACGGUCACGACAUCAGCAUCCUGAUAACCUGCGCCGGAAUCCAACGACGACACCCCGCCCAUCAAUUCCCCAUGAGCGACUGGGAUGAAGUCCUCCAAGUCAACCUCCGCACAGUCUGGACUUUAUGUCGCGAUCUAGGCUCAUACAUGCUAACCCGCAGCCCCGACUCCAGCGGCCAUCGAGGAAGCAUCAUCAACGUCGCAUCACUCGUCAGCUUCCAAGGCGGUCUUACUGUCCCUGCGUAUGCAGCAGCAAAAGGAGGGAUCGCACAGCUUACAAAGGCGUUGAGUAACGAGUGGGCGAGUCAGGGUGUUAAUGUGAAUGCUGUUGCGCCGGGGCUCCGGACUCAUCCAGAUCACUUCAUGGCUGAAGAGAACGUGGGGCCUCCUGUGACUGACUCGGGAGAGAACAACGUUUCUGGGCGCCAUGGAGCUCAUGCCAAUGUGACCAACUAA